UCGUCAGGUGACCGUGCGGAGCGGAAUAUUCACCGUCAGUCGUCGUCUCUCCUCCUCCGCUCCUCCUCUGGACUCCGGGACCCGGAGCCUCCGCAGCCUGCCCCCCCUCCGUGUCCUCUCUCGGUCUGGGACGGUCUCCUCUCCGCUGCCCGCAGAUUACCGGGGAUUCUAACGGGGAUUCUGCCGCCCCGCCUGCGCGCUCGUGCUGAUGUCCUUGAGCUCGGCCUGCACGGUGAGUCGGUCCCGGUGCUGCAUCAGUAGCUACCUCUGAGCUGGAUCCACUUCCUGUCUCUGCUUUAUCAGCCGCCUUCACCCGCUCGCCCCUCUCUCCACCCGUCCACCGUCCCUCCAUCUCUCCAUCUGUGCGUCCGUCCGCCUGUCUGUCCAUGGACUGGCCUUGACCCUGGAGGGAGGGGGACAGAAACGAGGAAAGAGCGGAGUCGCAACGGAGACGAAGGAGGAGAAAGCUGGAUUCAUUCAGACAUCUGGCAUCUGAAGAGCCGCUGCUCGCCGUCCUUCAUCCCCCUCGUCCUCCUCCUCCUCCUCCUGUGAUGGAGAGUUAGAGGAGCAGAGGGAGGCCUGGCCCUGAACCCAAGGAGGAGCACAGAACCCUCCCUUCAGCAUUUUUGCACAUUUUAAAUCAGAAGGUCCAGAGAGUUUCUGAGCACAUGAUCAGCAGGAGGCACUGAGAUCCGGACAGACUACGGCGAGAAAGGAGGACCAAAACAGACUCAAACCUUCCUGACAUGUCAACCACAGCCACCAUGGGAGAAAUGGCAAACAGCGCAGUGGAAUUUUAUCCCAAAGGAACUCGGGGUGGGGGCGGAGGAGGAGGGAGGGCAGAUGGCAGCCACGUGGGGGGAGACUUCGUGGUGACGGUGCAGGAGCUCCGGGAGCUGAUGGAGCUCCGGGGGAACGAUGCCCUGCAGAAGAUCCAGGACAGCUACGGAGACACAGAGGGGCUCUGUCAGAGACUACAGUCCAGCGUCACGGACGGUCUCAGCGGGGACCCUGCAGAUCUGGAUCGUCGAUGCCAAACAUACGGUCAGAACUUCAUCCCUCCAAAGAAGCCCAAGACGUUCCUGGAGCUGGUGUGGGAGGCGCUACAGGAUGUCACGCUCAUCAUCCUGGAGGCCGCCGCCAUCAUCUCCCUCGGCCUCUCGUUCUACCAGCCUCCUGGGAAGGAUACUGAAUCGUGCGGGGCCUCGGCGGGGUCUGUAGAAGACGAGAGCGAGGGCGACACGGGCUGGAUCGAGGGCGCGGCCAUCCUGCUGUCGGUGGUGUGCGUCGUCCUGGUGACGGCGUUCAAUGACUGGUCCAAAGAGAAGCAGUUUCGGGGUCUGCAGAGUCGGAUCGAGCAGGAGCAGAAGUUCACGGUGGUGAGGAAAGGAAACGUCAUCCAGAUCCCCGUGGCGGACAUGGUGGUUGGAGACUUGGCGCAGGUCAAAUACGGUGACCUGCUGCCGGCUGACGGGAUCUUAAUCCAGGGAAACGACCUGAAGAUAGACGAGAGCUCGCUCACCGGAGAGUCCGACCACGUACGCAAGUCUGUGGAUAAAGACCCCAUGCUGCUCUCAGGUACCCACGUGAUGGAGGGCUCGGGUCGGAUGCUGGUGACGGCGGUGGGAGUGAACUCUCAGACUGGAAUCAUCUUCACGCUGCUCGGAGCCGGAGAGGUGGAGGAAGAAGGGAAGGAGAAGAAAGAGGACAGUACUCUGCCCACCUCCACUGAAGCCAGUUUCAGCACAGUGACCAAUGGUAAACAGCCUGACGGCGCCGUGGAGAACAAUCAGAACAAAGCCAAGAAGCAGGACGGGGGCGUCGCCAUGGAGAUGCAGCCUCUGAAGAGCGCAGAGGGUGGCGAGGUGGAGGACCGAGAGAAGAAGAAGACUAACGUCCCAAAGAAAGAGAAGAGCGUGCUUCAGGGCAAACUCACCAAGCUCGCCGUUCAGAUCGGCAAAGCAGGUUUGGUGAUGUCGGCCAUCACCGUCAUCAUCCUGGUGCUCUACUUUGUCAUCAACACGUUCGUCGUUGAAGGUCGCACGUGGUUAACGGAGUGCACCCCGGUCUACAUUCAGUACUUUGUAAAGUUCUUCAUCAUCGGUGUCACUGUGCUGGUCGUGGCUGUCCCAGAAGGGUUACCACUGGCUGUCACCAUCUCCCUCGCUUACUCUGUCAAGAAAAUGAUGAAGGACAACAACCUGGUGCGACACCUGGACGCCUGUGAGACGAUGGGAAACGCCACGGCCAUCUGCUCCGACAAGACGGGGACCCUCACCACCAACCGCAUGACGGUGGUGCAGACGUAUGUGGGUGACGUUCACCAUCGAGUGAUCCCAGACCCUGGACAGAUCAACCCCCGGACUCUGGAUCUGUUAGUCAACGCCAUCGCUAUCAACAGCGCCUACACCUCCAAGAUCUUACCGCCUGAUGUGGAGGGGGGUUUGGCCAAGCAGGUGGGCAACAAGACGGAGUGUGGCCUGCUGGGAUUUGUUCUAGACCUUCAGCAGGACUACGCCCCGGUCCGAGAGCAGAUUCCUGAGGAGAGGCUGUACAAGGUGUACACCUUUAACUCGGUGCGUAAGUCCAUGAGCACGGUGAUCAAACUGCCCGACGGAUCGUUCCGCCUCUACAGUAAAGGAGCCUCAGAGAUCAUGCUGAAGAAGUGUUCCUACAUCCUCGACGCCAACGGGGAGCCGCGCAGCUUCCGCCCUCGGGACAGAGACGAGAUGGUCAAACAGGUGAUCGAGCCGAUGGCAUGUGAGGGCUUGAGGACGAUCUGCAUCGCAUUCCGGGACCUGCCGUCCAAUCCGGAGCCAGACUGGGAAAACGAGGCGGAGAUAGUGACGGAGCUGACGUGCAUCACUGUGGUGGGGAUCGAGGACCCCGUACGGCCUGAGGUUCCUGACGCCAUCCGGAAGUGUCAGCGUGCAGGCAUCACGGUGCGGAUGGUGACCGGUGAUAACAUCAACACAGCCAGGGCCAUCGCCGCCAAAUGUGGCAUCAUCCACCCAGGAGAUGACUUCAUCUGUCUGGAGGGCAAGGACUUCAACCGACGAAUCAGGAACGAGAAAGGAGAGAUUGAGCAGGAACGAAUUGAUAAAAUCUGGCCCAAACUGCGCGUCUUGGCUCGAUCCUCGCCAACGGACAAACACACGUUGGUUAAAGGAAUCAUCGACAGCAGCAUCAUUGAACAGAGGCAGGUUGUCGCGGUAACGGGAGAUGGAACCAAUGACGGCCCAGCUCUAAAGAAGGCUGAUGUGGGCUUCGCCAUGGGUAUCGCUGGGACGGACGUGGCGAAGGAGGCGUCUGACAUCAUCCUGACCGACGAUAACUUCAGCAGCAUCGUGAAGGCCGUGAUGUGGGGACGAAACGUCUACGACAGCAUCUCCAAGUUCCUGCAGUUUCAGCUCACCGUCAACGUGGUGGCGGUGAUUGUGGCCUUCACCGGGGCCUGCAUCACCCAGGACUCUCCUCUGAAGGCGGUGCAGAUGUUGUGGGUGAAUCUCAUCAUGGACACGUUCGCCUCCCUCGCCCUCGCCACCGAGCCCCCCACAGAGGCCCUGUUACUACGGAAACCGUAUGGACGCAAUAACCCUCUGAUCUCUCUGACCAUGAUGAAGAACAUCCUGGGGCACGGAGUCUACCAGCUCGUCAUCAUCUUCACUCUGCUCUUCAUAGGCGAGCGCAUGUUCAACAUCGACAGCGGUCGUAACGCCCCCCUCCACUCCCCGCCGUCGGAACACUACACCAUCAUCUUCAACACCUUCGUCCUUAUGCAGCUUUUUAACGAGAUCAACGCUCGCAAGAUCCACGGAGAGAGGAACGUCUUCGAUGGAAUAUUCGCCAACCCCAUCUUCUGCUCCAUCGUUCUGGGGACGUUCGCCGUGCAGAUUGUGAUCGUGCAGUGGGGAGGGAAACCCUUCAGCUGCGCCCCUCUCAACGUGGAGCAGUGGCUCUGGUGUCUGUUCGUGGGAGUCGGAGAGCUUCUCUGGGGACAGGUGAUCGCCACAGUGCCGGCAGAGCGGCUGCCAUGUCUCAAGGAGGCGGGGCUUGGCCUGGAGCCUGGCGAGGAGGAAGGAGAGGAGCUUGCCGAGGAUGAGGAGGAGAUCGACUGUGCAGAGAGGGAGCUGCGCCGAGGACAGAUCCUCUGGUUCAGAGGGCUGAACCGCAUCCAGACGCAGAUGCGGGUGGUGAAAGCAUUCCGUAGUUCGCUGUACGAGGGCCGGGAGAAACCGGAAUCCCGCAACUCCAUCCACAACUUCAUGGCCCACCCGGAGUUCCUCAUCAACGACCUCAUCCACAACAUCCCGCUGAUCGACGACACCGACGUGGACGACGAAUCAGAGCUCAGCAGAUACCAGCACCUGCACCCGGCCCUCCGCAAGCCACCACCCCCUCCCACCCAGCCCCAGCCCCCUACCCGCAACCGCCCCACCCGCCCCUACCGCCAGUACAGCCUCCCGGUGACCCCCUGCAACCGAAACAACAACAACAACAGCAGCAGCAGCAGCAGCAGCUCAUCAGUCUCCCACGGCAACAAAAAGAGCACCCGGAGCCCCCGCCACCACCCGCGCCACCAUCACCACCACAACCACCAUGGCAGGGACAGGCCGCUGAAACCCCCCGCCCCACACCUGGCCCACCUUUACUGCGUGGAGACCUCCUUAUAACUGAACGUGGUGAGGAGGGGGGAGGAAAGGGGGAAGCGGAGGAGAGGGCUGAGGACUCGCACAUGACAUUUUCAUCCACCCUCUCGCCGAGCAGGAGGAGCGGAGGACGAGGGCGGAGCAGGAGGGAGUGGACAAUGUCUGCCUGCAGCUCCCUGAGGACACUGAGACCCCCCCUCCCUUUGCCCCCCCUACAGCCCUCUGACACCCCCGCCGAUCUCUAGCCCCGCCCGCCCCACCCCGCACUCAUCGCACUCACACAGGUCUGCUCUCGCUGCGUUGCCCCGAGCGACGGCAGGUAGGGGAGGGAGGGGGGACAGAAAACCAAAAAACCGACACCACCUCCUCCGGAGGAUUACUGCGUCUCUGUUGGUGUUCAUCAUCAGUGUAGUCGUUAUCACCACACGUGCACGCGCAUGUGCAUGAACCUGUGGCUACAUCGCCCACCCCGUCAUGAGGGAAGCCUCCCCCUGCAGCCAAUCAAACGCAUUAAAAAAGCUUUAACUUUAGCCGACUAAACAUCCCGUCAUUUAAUCUUAAAAAUCGUAUUAUCUUUAGCUACCAAAGCUGCUUCAGAUACCUUAGCUACGUAGGUAACAUAGCUAAAUCUAAAGCUGGCAAAUCUACAUUAGCUACAUAGUUAAUGAAGCUACAUGGCUACAUAAAAGCUAAUGAAGCUACUUUAGCUAUGUAAGCUAUAUUGAGCUGAAAAGGCUACACUAGCUAUGUAGGUAAGAGGUUAUAUAGCCAAGGCUAACUGAGCUACUUCAGCUACAUAGACAAUUUAGCUAUGUAGCUUAAUCUAAAGAUAAUGAAGCUUCUUUAGCUGUUUAAGCUAUGAAGUUAAUAUAGCUAUGUGGUUUAAUCUAAAGCUAUCAAAGCUAUGUUAGCUAUGUCGAUAUCGUUGCUAUGUUGCUAGUU